AUGGAUCGAACGCAAUCACCGCAACAGCCACCGCAACAGCGGGAGUUGGUCUUCUGUCACCAGUGUGAGAACGAGUGGUAUCGGGAUGAGCAUGGAAUCAUCUGCCCUGAAUGCCAAGGUGAUUUCGUCGAGAUCAUCGAGGCGGACCACGACCCACGCCAGGACGAUGAGAUGCCGGAGUUGGAGCCCCAGUUCCCAGGCCACGACCACGAAUGGUAUGCACGAAACGCACCUGAUCCUGACGAAGGCGAUAUAGAUGACUUGCACUGGGAGGGGAACGCACCUGGUGGACCUCCUGGUGGCAGAUUGACUGGAACGCUGACAAGGAAUAUUAGGCUUGGUGGUCCAGCUGGACAGCAGGGCGGACAGGCGGGCGGCGGUCUGAUGGGGAUGUUGGGACCCAUACUACAAGGAGCACUGGGUGGCGUGUUAAAUCCGGCCCAGCACCAAGGUCAAGGUCAUAAUCAUGGUUUUGGACAAGAGCGAGGGACACCAGGCGCGGAAGGUGAUGGCGGCCAACAGCCACCAGAAUCACCACCUGCCGACGAACAGCGCGGCAACGGAGGUACUUUCACACGCCACGCUCACGGUCCUGGAUACUCCUUCACGAUCACUACUUCAUCUGGCGGCAACCUGUUCCCGAGAGAUGCAAACAAUCCACAACCACACCAGCACCAGCCGGAUAAUCUUGAGCGCCUCAUGGCACAGAUGUUUGCAAACAUCGGCGCAGGUCCACGUAUGCAUGGUCAGGCUCCGGGUGGUGCGUUCAUGGGUAUGGGCAUGGCCGGCGGUCCGGCUGGAGGUGGCAUGGGAGGCGGACCGAUGAUGUUCGGCGACAUCUUCCAGCUACUUGGCAUGGCUCACGGCGGAGCUCAUGGCGAUGCUGUGUACAGUCAAGAAGCUUUGGAUCGGGUCAUAACACAGCUCAUGGAGCAGCACCAAUCCGGCAACGCCCCAGGCCCAGCUACGGCUGAAGCCAUCGAAAACCUACCCAAGAAGCAGAUCUCGACCAAGGACUUGGAUGAGCAAGGCGAAGCUAAUUGCAGCAUCUGCAUGGAUGCUGCGGAGAUCGGAAGCACUGUCACGGAGCUACCCUGUCAUCAUUGGUUCCACUUCGACUGUAUCAAGUCCUGGUUGACUGAGCACGACACUUGCCCACAUUGUCGCCAGGGCAUUAUGCCCAAGGACGAGAGUGCGAGAUCGGACCGCCCCAGGCAGUCGAGCCAGGCUCCUCUGCAUGAUAUGCACUCGCCCGACUAUCAGAGAGCACCCAGCGUGCCAGGCGGCUACCCUUUCCCCCGACAGAACUCGAGCGGAGCGGAAGGUAGUAGCCGUGGAAGUGGUUCCCAGGAGAACCCCUUCCGCGUCUCGGAGUCACCAGAGCGUACUCGUAGCGGCGACGCAGCAGGCGGUCUCUUCGGCAGAAUGCGUCAAGCGUUCAAUCCAGGCGGAAGUAACAACAAUCCAAGCAAUACCGACAGCGAAGGACGUGGCACACAUGGAAGCAAUCCAAGUUCCGGUAAUUGA